CAAAAGUGACGACUUCCCAACGGUGACGAACGACGAUAGCCGUCAUCGGCUCCGAUUGUUCAAAUCUUCCGGUCACAGUCAAGGUUACACCAUGUGCGACUCUGUUCCGCCCCUCUCCUUUGCAUCUUCCAUCAAAUUUCGACCAUUACCGUUCACCCAAUUUCAAUCCCAUUCCCUUCUUCUUUCAAAUUCCUUCCAUUAUGGUCUUCGAAAUGGCUGCCUUCUCUUCCCUUCAAGAACAAAACUCACUAAAAGCUUGAGCGCAUUUACACCUAAGCGAAAUCGAUUCAGCGGCGAGUUAGAAUUCAAAGGGGAAGACGAAAAUCUUUUCGACGUCGUCGACCCUAGUCGGAGCGUUGCAAAUUUAGAUGGUAUCGACGGGAAUUUCGCAAGUAGAAAUGAGAAUGAUUCCGACGAAAGACGGGGCGAUGGUGCAGCUAGAUCGUCCGAAUUGAACUUUCUUGAUCAGAAAGAUGGUGGGGAGGUCAAGAAGAAGAGGUUAAACAGUGAAAGAAGUUCAGAAGGGGAAAGGGAUUUGGUUCCCAUUGAAGAUGAGGAUGCAGAAAUGGAGAAUGGGAAGGUAGCUUUGCGGAAAAGGAGGCAAGUGAUGAGGAGAUCGAACAUGUUGGCAAAGCAAGUGAUCAGUAUUCAAAGUGCGCUUAGCUUGGGUUUCGUCUCUCAGCUCUGGGUUGAUACCUCCGCUUGGAUGGUAAAAUUUUUAGAAGUGAAGCCAAACUUGCUAUCUGGAGAAUCAGAAUGGUUUCUUCUUGAGGAUAUUAAUAAGGUUGGUGAUGUUAUACUUGUCCAUGAUGAGACUGUGAUGGAUAAUGACUUCAAAAUGGCUGGAUUGGAAACACUGGUAGGAUACAGAGUAGUUACACCUGGUCGACGGAAUAUUGGGAAGAUACGUGGAUACACUUUCAAUAUUAACUCGGGCGCUGUUGAAUCUCUGGAACUCGAUUCAUUUGGAUAUUCCUUUCUUCCUUCCAGCCUUGUGAGUACAUAUGCUUUGCUUGUUGAGGACGUGCUGGAAGUCAUAUCCGAUGUGGUCGUUGUACAUGAAGAUGCAGCAUCACGCAUUCAAAGGCUGACAAAGGGAUUCUUAGGCACCCAAAGCGUGGGGAAUUCUUUAGAUGACCUGGAAGAACUUUACGAGUUCGAAAGACGGAGAUUUGACGAGGACAAUUGGAGUAACAAAAGAAACUAUGAUGGUAAAAGAUUCAGAAGGAGACGAGAGGCCAAUGAUGAUGAUUUGGGGCUCCCAAUGGAUUAUCUCUAGACAUGAUCACAGGCUUUCCACUCAUUGUACGCUACAUGUUUGCUCUCCUCUAAACUCUUGAAUGGACGUUGCAUUUGGUGGAUUGAAAUGUUCUUUGCUUUCAACAACUGCAGAAGUGGGGUCGAACCAUCGAUCUUUAAAAUGGUAUAAUUAGUUCCUUAAUUUAUUAAACUAUCUUCAGAUUGAAUGUUGAGGUCUUAGCGUCAUUGAGUCUGAUGAAGUAUAUCGUCUCCCAAAUUUGGGUAUAUCUUCUUUCUUAUGUGUGGUUGUAUAUAUUGUAAUUUGUAUAUAUGGGAACCUUAUAUGUUGUGUAUAUAAGUGAAGAAUCCUUUGAGAGUUUAUUCAUUAUGAAUGAGGAGAAAUUAGUAUGCAUUUUAACUUC